AUGCAGACCCUAGAGAUGAGGGCUCUGCUCCUGACCAUUGGCUUCUAUCUGGUUGCUGUCCUGCAGGCCCAGGACUCUUCAUUCCUUGCUUUCAAUAAUGAGAAUUUUUCCGGAAAGUGGUUCCUGAAGGUCUUGGUGUCAGAAGACGAUAUCCCAAUAAACAAGGUCUCUCCCAUGCUUAUCUUGGUGCUGAGCAAUGGAGACAUGGAGCUUUCUAUCACACAUAUGAUCUAUGGCCAGUGUCUUGAAGUGAACACCAUCUUGGAGAAAACAGAUGUGCCUGGCCAGUACCUUGCCUUUGAGGGUAAGACCCACCUGCAGGUGCAGCUGUCUUCUGUGAAGGGACACUACAUGCUCCACUGUGAUGGGGAGAUAGAGGGGAUGAGCUUCACAAUGACACAGCUCAUAGGUAGGGACCCCCAGGAAAAUUUGGAGGCCUUGGAGGAAUUUAAGGAGUUCACACGGAUAAAGGGACUUGAACCAGAGAACCUGGUCAUACUCGAGCAGAUGGAAAAAUGUGAGCCGGAGAGUUUCUAA